UUGGCUGGUUGGGUAGUGGUAUCGAGAGCAGCAUACUAAAGUUAACGAACAAACACAGACGCGUAAAUGGUAUACGUUUGCUGGUGUAGCAGCUGUGUCGAAGGUAUAGUACGAAAUUCACGAUCGAACGUGUUUCGAGCAAGUCAACGAGAACAUUGGUGGUGGAUAGCGUGGGGUACACGCUGAAGCAUCGUCGCGGGCAUUCUGGUGUAAUCGUUUGAACGGAAAGGUUGUGUGGCUAGAUUGAAAAGAAAAUGAGUGGAAAAUGGAUAGUGACAAACGUAGAGGAGGAAAGGCAGCGAGGGAGGAUACGGAAGGAGAAAAACGUGUUGAUGGGAGCGUGGCCAAUUCAACCGUUUGCAGAAGGGUUGCCAGUGCAGGAAAGAAAGGCAGAAUGGGGGCGAUUUAAACAAGCUUUCGAACGGAUUAUAGAGUGUAAGGGGAUAACAUCCCAGAAAAUGAAAGUGAAUGCGAUGAAAAUAUUUGCGGGGAAUUACCUCGUGUCGGUGAUUGAGAUGAAGGAAGGAAAGGAAAGCGAUUACAAGGGCACGAUAAGGGCGCUAGAUACAUACUUCAAUAGUAUGUGUGAUGUAUCGAAGGAACGAAUGAAGUUGAGGGAGAUGAUGAUGCAGGAAAAAGAGGCUUUCAGCGAUUGGGUAUUGAGAUUGGAAAGACAAGCGCGGUUCUGCGAAUUGCAGGAGGAUCAAAGAAUAGAAGAAAUAAGGCAGGCAGUGGUGCGGCGAUCGGUGCCAGCGAUAGCGGAGAAACUAGGCCUAAUGGCAGGAAUGAUGGAAGACGACUUGCAAAUGAUAGUCAAAAUGGGAGAGAGAAUCGAUGCGGUUAGACAGGAGAAGCUUGAAGCUGACAAAGCGAAGACAAUGGGGGUGGAGAAUGCCCAACGAAAUGAAGUGGAGGUAAAUGCGGUGAAAAAGGAACAAAGUUUUGGUGGACGAGCGGCUCCAUUUAGAAGGAACGGACCAGUACGAAGUGUAAGAGCAGAGAGAGAGUGUUUUAAGUGUGGACUUUCUCACCGUGCAAGGGAAUGUAAGGCAUUUACGGCAAAAUGCUAUAGUUGCGGACGGAGGGGUCAUUUUGCGAGAAAGUGCGACAGGAAGGGGCAGAACAUGGUGACAAAGAGGGAGGUCUCUCCGAACCAGGUGGUUAAAGGCGACGGUGGUGUUGGAGAGAUGAAGGAGAACCGUUGGAGAAGAGAGUAAAAAGGCGAGUGGACGACCCUAGGAUGAUAAGAGGAAGAAUUGGAGCGGAGAGCAUCAUUUUUCUAUUGGACACGGGGGCAUCGGUGAACACGGUGACGGAAGGAGCGUGGU